GAAAAGCCGCUUCUUAACUGCAUUAAGGCAGAGGCAACUGUACAGGCUGGGGUGAGCUGUGUGCAUCCAACUGAAUAGAAGUGAAUCAAAGUUUCUGCAGAGGACAAAAUGGGAGUUGCCGAUACAACUUUGACAAUUUUUCUGCUCUUCUUCUUGGCUUAUCCUGCCUCCAGUGCAGAGUGCGGUGGUUCUCUAACAUCAGACCAUGGCGUCAUCACGUCUCCCGACUACCCCGCCCCCUACCCCACCGACUCAGACUGUACCUGGAACAUCACCGUACCUCAAGGUCACGUCGUGCUCUUGACCUUUGACCGCAUCGACCUCAACCCCUUCCCCGACGCGCCGGAGAAAUGUUACCUGCACAUGAUCGAAGUUUACAACGGCACUGACCAGGCUGCGAACCUGAUGGGUAGGUUUUGCGGGCAGACUCCGCCCCCUGCGAUGAUGUCAGGAGGUGAGGUCAUGACCGUGAAGUUCCUGUUGAACAGGUGGCAAAGGAACGACGAACUCUUCACCGGUUUCUCCGCUUCAUUCCAGGCAGUCCAACCUGAGCUGAACUCAGGCUGUGGGAACCUGGCCCUUCUGACCAGCCCGACUGGGACACUAGCCUCGGUUAACUUCCCAACAAGCUACAGCAGUGGUGCUGCCUGCAAGUGGGAGAUAGUCGGCACUAAUGUCACCCUCUCCUUCCACAGCUUUCAGGUGGGCGGCCCUUUCAGCGAUUGUUCUGGGAACACCAAUGACUACCUGGCCGUGUACGAGGCUUCCAGGGGCAGAAAAUCACUCAUAGGUACGUACUGUGGGUGGAACAAGCCUGUCGACAUCCACACUGACGGGUCCAUGAUUGUGGAGUUUAUGUCAGAUGAGACUCUGAACGACAUGGGCUUCUUCGCCACUUAUACAGAUGUAGUUUGCCCCGCCAAGUGGCCCUCUGAAAUUGAAGAACUAGUUCAGUCUACCCUGCCAGAAGAUGAUGGCAUUGCGUCAACAGACGUUGGCACUUCCCAAAACCUUGGCAGUGACGACAAUAUGAAAUCCUAUGCAAGCAGCCAGGACAAUUUUGAGAACAACAAAUUGUCAGAAAUGGAGGAAGUUGCUGAACCAACUAUCUCUACCCAAGACAUGAACAAUGACAAUUGGUUACAGAAUAAUGGUGAAUACUUGGAUUUCAUUGCAAAGAACGCGGCAGCCACAGCAAAAGCUAGCAAGUCUUCAACAACAACUAAAGAGGAUGGCAGCAUCGCAUUGGCAUUAGAGGAAGAAGACCUACCUGUGUCAUCUGAAGGGCAAAAGUCUGCGCUUGCGUCUGAACUGGAUGACAGUUUGAUUGACAGCUAUGGUGACAGUCCAGCUGCACCUGGCUCCCCAUCAUCCAAUGACGUGCAAGGUAACACAUCCCAGCUGAAAGAAGAAGGAAACAUGUCAUUGGUCAAAGAUGUGAAAAGCAACCUCACUCUGAUGUCCUUCCAAGAGGAUGCAGUCCCAACAAAAGCAGUUGAAAACAACACAAGGAUGAGUCAAGAAAGUGGUGGAAAACAAAUGCAUGAAGAAGAUGAUUCAAAAUUCCACCAAAUCCCUGCCACACACACCGAAGACUUUGACAGGCAUGCUGUGGCUAUGAUGGCCGUUGAGCUGUCAGUGUUCCUGUCCAGUCUGUUUGCACUGGGAGCCUACACUCUCUGGCUGUACUACAGGGCCAAGCACCAGGAGGAAGAAACACCUUCAAACUGGUUAUCUGACAGGUUUGUUAUCCCCCGCCCAUGGCGCAGGUGUAACAAGGCUAGGCGCUUCAGCUGGGACUGUAUGGAGUUUAGCAAGAUAUAAUGUGGGAGGAUAGGGCAGUAUGCAAGUAGCCUUUUUUAGCCUGGUUAGUCCUACAGCCUCUCCGCAAAUAGACCUAUUUGCGGAGAGUCUGUAAGAGGACUUGGGAGCUAUAAUAGGUCUGGUAACCAGGCUAGCCUUUUUUUAGGGCAAGAAACAAAAGUAAAAUCAGUACUGUAACAUUGUGUAUACCUUUAGAAAGGAAUUAAAUAGAUCUAUGAGUCUUAAAAUAAUUUAGAAGUUAUCAGAAGCAGUAUUCGAGCAACAGGAUUCCUAGAAAUUACAUCUGAAUGUGUAGUUACUGUACUACUUCUUUAAGGCUACUCUUGCCAAGAAACUACUAAGUAAGUAUUAGCCAAGACAUACUUACUGAUCUCAAGAUGCUGAGAUAAUUUUAUCAGAAUGAUGAUUGUAGAACUGCUAAUUCUUAUUGCAACACUUUUAUGACAAUCUUUUUAUUACCCUGGUUCCUUAGUUAAUGUCAAUUUAAAUCUCA